GUAGUAAAGAACCGAGUGAAGGCCCAUCAUGGCCAUGCUGUAGAAAUUGGGGGGAAAACCCUGGAGAUAAGAAUUUUGCCAGAUUCGGAGAUGACCGUGAUUGAUGCUGAAGAAACAGUGUUUCCAAACAAGUUGAUAUGCUCAGUUUCAACUUCGCUUUCUUCUUCAAACUCUUUGCCUCUUCAGAAUGAUUUUAAAAGCAAGCAAAAGGAAAUAUGUGCAGCUGAUAAUAAAAGUGUUACAAAAAAGAUAUUUCUUGAGGUAUCUGCCACCCUGAAUACUGACUUGCUCACUCUAGAGGAGAGAAAUCAGGUGACUGCUGUAUGUCCCACCUUAAAAAUAGAGAGAUGCUCAAAUCAUCUUAGUGUUGAAAAGGUGGUGGGAGAUUAUGAGGAUAUUGAAAUGUUACACCGUCAUUUUGAGAAACUCCUUGGAGACCAUCGUAGCAGUGAAUUUUCACAGCCUAAAAAGCAGGACAAUUGGAGCGAAGGAAAGGGAGACCGCAACAGAAAAUAUAGGGAUGAUUUAGAAGAACUGGCCAGCAUGGAAGUUCCUUCAGGUAUCUUUGAAUAUUUUAGACAAGCCUACAAGGAACAAAUUGAAGAACUAGAGGAGAAGUUCAGUGUGAAGCUAACCACAAACAACAGUGAGAAUGGAAUGACUUCUGUCUGGUUUGCUUCAAUGGGAAACCCAGAUUCUAUGAAGAAAGCUCAGCAGGAUUUUGUCUCGCUUUUCCAGAAAGUAGCAGGAGAUCUAAAACAGGAAAUAGUUCCUUUCAUUGAGAGCCAUGCAUGUGAGAUGAUAAAAAGCAAAUGCAAAAAUAUUAUUAUUAAAAAACACAAGGAUACAGUUGUUCUUCAAGGCCCCGCAAAGGAAGUUUCAGCUGCAAAGGCAUUGUUAGAAGAAAUGGCAGCAAAGAACUGGAGUAAAAAAAAUGAUCCCCACUUACAGAGAACUGGCAUUGAAGUUGCCUCUGCCGUAUUUGAAUUUCUGAAAACAAAGUUAAGUCAAGAAAUUGCAUUGAUAAACCAUAAAUAUUGUACUAGAAUGGAGGUAAGAAGCUGUCGUGAUGGUCAGUUAACAUGUAUCAUUUUUAUGCCCCAGUCACAUGCAUCUUCGGAUCAGUCUUCACAUGCUUAUGAGCAUUUCCAGUUUAUAUAUCUGAAGAUUUUAGAACAGCCAUGUAAAAAAGAAAUUCCCUUGAAACUUAAGGCAGAUGGGAAAAGAAAGCUGAAGGAUUUAUUUCCAUCUUUCCAAAAUGAAUAUCCCACAGUACAACUGUCUCAACAUGAAAAUUCCCUGAUCCUUUCUGGUCUUCCUGAACAUGUAUGUUCUGCUGAGAAGCACAUCAUGAAGUCUCUGAAUAUUGAGGAAUCUGUAGCUGUAAAUAGUGAAGCAACAGCCAUUGCUAGUUCCAGUGUUGACGUUGCUGCAGGUGCAUCUUUUGAGACACAAAGUCAUUACAAAAAGCAGCAAAGUCCUUCUCAGGAGCAGCCAAUAGUGAAGGCAACAGAAGUCAAACCAGAAGAGGAGUGUUCCAUCUGCCUGUCUAAAAUCCAACAGAAAGAAGUGCUACCCAAAUGCAAACACGCAUUUUGUGCAGGCUGCAUAAGAGAGGCAAGGAAACACAAACCAGUCUGCCCCGUGUGCAAUCACGUCUAUGGGAAGGUAAAAGGAAAUCAGCCCCCAGGGACGAUGGACAUCGUCAAAGCUAAAUUUUCCCUUCCUGGUUAUCAGGACUUUGGAACCAUCAUUAUUACUUACAGUAUACCUGAUGGCGUUCAGACAGAAGGCCAUCCUCACCCAGGGAGACGUUAUUUCGGAACGUGCCGUAAAGCAUACUUACCUGACAACAAGGAAGGAAGAGAAAUUUUGAAGCUGCUGCAACGGGCCUUUGACCAAGAUUUGAUUUUCACAGUGGGCCAGUCACGAACAACUGGUAUGACUGAUGUCAUUACCUGGAAUGACAUUCAUCACAAAACUUGUAUGUCUGGAGGACAAAGAAAUUUUGGUUACCCUGAUCCUCAUUAUCUGAAACGGGUUAGAGAAGAGCUGAAGGCAAAAGGAAUUGAAUAAGCAUUUUUAUGUCUGCCAGCAAUCCAGAGUUUCUAGCUUGUCUAAAUAUAUAUCAUUUUAAGUUAGCACAUGGUGGUGGAGGAAGAUUAAUUAUUAUUAAGGAUUAGCUUCGGCAGAAUUCCUUAUUAUCUAGUAUAAAGUGAUGAAAUUCAGAAUAUUUGUUGAAUUAAUGGUGUUACAUUUAGGAUUACAGAUGCAAGGUCAAAUAAUUAAUGCUUUUGACUGAAGCUGCAAUCCAAAAAUAUUACAUAGAACCAAACUGUAUUAAUUUCUUCACUGCAGUUGUGUUACUGUCAAAGGACCCUAGAUAUGAGUAGAUGCAUAGUGAGCCUCUAUGAUUACAACGUUUGACAUCUUUUUGAAUCCCAGCUGGUAAUUUCCCUUUGCAAGAUUCCUGUCUGUGCCCUUGGCGUGUUACGAAUCUUCAGAAUUAAAAGAGAACUGUUGUAUUUUACAUGACAAUCUGGUAUCCCUAAUCUGGUAAAACAAUCUUAAAGCAGGAUAGUGGCUGAGAAGAAUUUGACAUUGUUGAUGCUUCGUACCCAGUCGGAUGAGAUUCCCCUACGUCGCCCCAUUGAUUUCCCAUUGCCUAUUCCAAGACAUGAUCUAGACAGCGGAAGUAACUAUGAUCCUACCAAACUGAGGAAGGAUGCUUGCUUGCUGGGAUGUCUCAUGCUUCAAAGACUUUUGCAUAUUCUUAGUAGAUUGUUACUUUUAUGCCCCAAUUUCAGUAAAACAUAGGAGCCUGUAUUCUGCUGCUAGGACACUUUCUGUAAAAAUAUUGUAGAACUAUAUCACUGUCUUCUUCCCAUUUUUAAUGCAAUUUCUUUACUGCCCUCUCCUUUCAGUGGCUGAAAAGUAAUAGUGUAUUUACCUCCAAGGAGAUGGGCACUGAAUUUAAGAUGGCACCCUGCCUCCCCCACGGGGAAGAAUAGGCAAUAAAUGAAAGGGCAGGUGAAAAUCUUGGCCAGUGCCUUGCUUCUCUACUUUGUCAACUUAAGGUUGCCGAUUGCAGCUGUAACCGAUCUUGGAGAUUCCCCCCCUCCCCCGUGGGUACCUCCCAGAAACCACAUUCCAAAAUAGAGUAGGCUCAGGAGAAAAUGAAUCAAUAAUUGAAAUAGUAACCAUUAAAAUUAAUUUCAUAUAAAAUACUAGUUUCUAAAACUCUAUCUACUAAACUUUCUCACACUAGCCCGUUGUUUUCAGUGGCAUUUUCUAAUCCAAGACAAUUCCCCUUCCUUAUUCACAGGUCUUUAUUUGGGAGAAACAAUGCAUUUUUUUUUAUUUUGGGCAGCCUUUUCUUUCCAGAGAGCAGUGGCUUGAAAGCAUAAUCGUUGAUUUCCACAUGGUAUACCAUUCAUUUGCUUUGUUUCAGCCAGUAUGUGUUGGAAGAGAAGUGUUCCAUGGCCAAUUGUGAAAUAUUACUUAGAACCAAUAAAAACCUUAUUCUAA